UGGAUGACACGGGUAAAGAAAAAGUGUCCCAAAUCCAAAUGAAUUGGAGUUUGGCAUAUUUCAAACAAUUUAUCUGUCAAAGUUUCCCAGAUGUCAGCCUGAAUUUGAUUGGAUAUGAGUUAGCCAGGGCUGACAGAGGAAAAAAAAUUAAAGAAGAUUCAGGUUACUUCGGAGUAGUCGGAGUAGGCUGUACAUUCUGCCAUUAGCAGAAUUAUACCAGGAAUCAGCACCUCCUUUGUGCCAGUCACAAAGUGAACCUGAACCAGGAGCCAACUCUGAGACAACUCCAUCUGUGGUGAUUGACCUUACUGAUUUCAGAAAUCAGGAUCUUAGUGGCAACAUGGAGGACACUGCAGACAGCACCGUGGUUUUGCAGCAGUGGCGAUCUUUGCGGCAAGAACAAGACAAAGAAUUUGAACAGUCUUUAAUGGCAGACAGAGAAAAAGAGAUGAGACACCAGUAUUUAGAGGCACAGGAGAAGAGUCGACUACAGGUAAUUGAAGAUAGACGGAAGAGGAUUGCAAAUCACGAGGAACCUAUUGAUGGUGUGCCCAUCAAAUUCAAGUUUCCUAAUGGAAUGGAAAAAAUUCGAAAAUUCAUCUUGUCAGAGACAAUUCAAAUCUUAUUUGACUUUGUUGGUCAGGAUGACCUGUCCAGUGAAGUGUUCUAUGUUCAAGAUGCAACAUCAUCUACACCUCUUGAAAAUAACCUUUCAGGAACACUUAAUGAUUACAACAUCCAGGGUCAUUCGACUCUUUAUGUUGUUUGGGUUUCACCAAUGGAUGAAAAUGAAGCAAGCAUUCAAGUGAAUUCUGGUGAAUUCAAUUUCACCUCAUUCCUUUUCCAACCAGUCGCUUGCAUCAUCACCACAUGAACCGACUACUUCUUUGCCACUGAAUGAUUGUCGUUCCCCAAC